UCUACAGCGACCAAAAACCAACACAAAACCUCUCAACUAAAACGCCGAGGCUCACCGUCCUUUUUCAACCAAACAAGAAUGUCAAGCGGAACCACAAAAUGCAGCAAGAUCCGCCACAUUGUCAAGCUCCGCCAGUUGCUGCGGCGGUGGCGCAGCAAGGCCCGCAUGUCGUCAGCCAACCGCACACCGCCGGAUGUCCCAGCGGGGCACGUGGCGAUCCGCGUCGGCGCUUACUGCACUAGAUAUGUGAUGCCGGCGUCUUACCUGAACCACCCGUUGUUCAAGAAGCUCCUCAUACAAGCGGAGGAAGAGUACGGCUUCACGAACGAAGGCCCUUUAGCGAUCCCAUGCGACGAGUCGUUGUUCGAAGAGGUGGUCCGCUACAUUUCCCGAUCGGAGUCCGCCGGUUCGGCGAGGUUUGACAGGCACUGCCACGCAGACGUCAGGAGUAACUUUGAUUUCUUGGCUGAUUCCCGACCGUUGCUUCGUGGGUUUUCCGAGAAAACAAUCUGGUAACAAAUUAAAAGGAACCAGCUACUUUCGUUGUUGGUCUCUGUUCUUUGGUUUCGGAAACAAAUAAGGAUUUGUAUACAACGACAAGACAAACGCUGCGUCGUCUCUGGGGGUGGUAGUGACUAGUGAGUGAGUUACUGAGCGAGCGAGUGACCGAGUUCAAACUCCGAAGAAUGCUACGGAGAUGGCAAAAAGGGUGGGGAUUUAUUUUCACCGAGUCGUCCCGGGUUCAAAUCGGAAUUGAGGCGAAGCAGAGUUUCUGAUUUUUGAAGAUGAAGAUCGAGCGCGCUAUUAUGAG